UGUUGUCGGUGUUGAACUUUACGGAAAGCACAGAUCUGAAAUCAGAUUUUGAGAAGCUGGGAUUUUUAUUCUCUGUGAAGGGUCUUCGCCUCUGUAAGGGUCGUUGAGUUAUUGUGUGCUUCGUGCUUUUCCUCUGGAGAAACACACAUUUGUGUUCAGGUUACAGUGUGCCUCUGGCUGCUCGGCUCGCGGUUAGCCUGUGUACAGGUUAGCUCUACAGUCUGGUUUAGUGUACAACACAGGCUAACGCUGUGGUAAAUAUCAUCUGUCUGCGUUUGUGAUCGAAGCUGUUUGUGAACAUGUCGUAGCAUUUACACCGUAAACUAUCCAGUUGUGAGCUAAGGUUAGCUAGCGCCUGUCAUUGCUCUCUGUCGUGCUGCGGAGCUGUCCACGUCUGUGUCUAACGCUGCCAGCUGGGCAGGCCACGUCCCCCGGGCGGAUCGGCUGCACAGAUGUCUAGUUUGCGGAAGCAGGGCGCAGAGAGAAGGACAGAGAAGAUGUGAGAAGUGCUCAACAGUCGUGCUCUGUAGGGGGUUUUAUUUGCAGUCAGUGCCGCAGACCCGCGGCAUGUCUCGUAGACUGAUGAGUUUGACAAAGGGACAGUACUGACUAAAGUGUCGCUGUAAUUAUUUUGGAGAUGGUGGGGUUUGGUGCAAAUCGACGUGGAGGCCGCCUGCCGUCCUUCAUUCUGAUCUUUUUGAUGGUAAUCAUCGCCAUACUGUCUUUCAAUUACUGGACAGUGUCCAACAAGCACGGCCGCCUGCUGGAUGAGCUGGCCGAGGUGCAGACACAGGUGAAGCGCACGGACGCGGCGCGGAGUCGCCUGGAAAAGCGCAACUCGGAGCUCAUGGUGCAGGUGGACUCUCACAGAAAGCAGAUCGAUCAGAAGGACGGAGACUACAGUGUCCUGGAGGGCAAACUACAAGCUCGCGAGGCCCUCAUCAAGAAGUGCUCUGACGAAAAGGUUAAAUUGCAAGGAGAUGUCACAGCCCAAAUGACUGAGAUCCAGAGACUCAAAGAGCAGCUAAAGGAACUGAAGCAGGAGUUUAUGAAACAAGAAGAGCAGCUCAAAGAAGUGAAGAAAAAUAGUACUACUUUGGAGAGAAAGCUGGAGUAUGAGAGUUUACAAUGUGGCCGGCAAAUUGCACAGCUAAAAGAGGAAUAUGAAGAAAUGAAAAGGGCUUUGGAAGUGGAAGCAUCAAAAUUAAGACAGAAUGUAAUAGUGGAUCAGAAGAAUGUAAAUGGUAAAGACGGAGUAGAGGUGGUAGCAGAGCGCCAUCCAGUGACGACUCACCAGCAUGGCGUCCCAGAGUUAAAAGAUGAAAUGGGUAAACCUGGCAGUGAUGCUGGCAUGCCUGGUAUUGAGGACAGUGAAGUAGGAAAAAUUGAAGACAAUGUACAAUUUGCACUAAAGAAACCAGCCAUUACCCAGAAGCAGAAUGAGCCCCUUGAGGCUGCAGUGGCGCCUGUGGGACCUGGAGUGGGAGCAGCGGAUGGACCUGGAGCUCAGGGACUGUCUCUGGACCAGCCCAGACUGCAGCAGGACGCCCGGGCACCAGUCGUGGUUGCCAAGGGCUUCAGUAACCAAGACAAACCUGUAGUGUUUGAAGAGGACAACAAGGCCGCUAUCAAGGCAGAUGAACUGGGCGAGCAGCAGAGACAGCUUAGAGCUCCUGACCAUGUCCCAGGGAAUAUUGAACAUCUAAAACCUGUUCCUCUGCCUGCUAACCCUGCCCAGCUGCCCAACCCCAUCCAGGCUCACCGCUCCAAAGACCAGGCAGAACCCAUGCACCACAGACAAAGCCGGUUCUUUGAUGAGAACGAGUCCCCAGUAGAUCCGCAGCACGGCUCUAAGCUGGCGGACUACAAUGGGGACGAUGGCAACGUGGGUGAGUAUGAGGCAGACAAGCAGGCCGAGCUAGCCUACAAUGAGGAAGAGGAUGGUGAUGGUGGGGAGGAAGACGUUCAAGAUGAUGAAGACCGUGACAUGCAAGGGGAGCGCGCUGUGGAUUAUGGAAAAAGACAUCAAGCUAUUGAUAUUUUGUGAACGUAAACCUCUGGAGCUCCUAAAACAAUAUUCCUCCAUCACCAAGACAUUUCUUGGUAGUUUUUCUUUGCUGGAUUUAAAGUCUGUUCAAUGUCAUGAACUUCUCUGAAACAGGCAUUGAAAUAGAAACAAUCUCACGAUCACCAUUGUGGCCAACGUUGUGGUUGAUCUUAUGGUUGUAAGUUUUAACAAAGGUAGAUGUAUAAUAUACAUUGACUAUUAUGUAUCCACUUCAUAAGAGCGUCACUCAUCUGACAAACAGGACAAUGAGUUUUUCUUUUGUUUUUUUCUACAUUUCAUGCAUACACUCCAAGUGUCCAGCCUUGGUAUGCUUCUCCAUUAAUGAAGAAAUAGUAUGGGCUUCUUUGAAUUCAAUUGUCUGUGACUUGUUUGACUAAUUAACUACUUUGCAGUAAAAGACACUCGUCAUUCAGUUUAAUGCAUGUAUUUGAAACUGUAAUCAAACAGGGAAAGAAUACUAAUGCUUAAGCAAUACUUAGAUGAGUUUCUUCAUGAUGUGCAAAUGUUGCACACAGUACUGACUCUUCCACGGCCACAAGAUGAAGACUUUCUUCCAUUAUGUCUUGUAAAUAAAUGAACUGUUAAUGUUUGUAUUGAGAACAGCCUUGAAGGGAACCUGGAAAUAAAACUAGCUUUUGUGAUAAAA